AUGAGAACAAGCUGGUUCUGGGCUGCGACGCAGGAGGAGGAGGAGGAGAAGGAGGAGGAGGAGGAGAAGAGGGAGAAGGAGGAGGCUCCAUCCCAGCAGCAGCAGAAAGGGGCUCGAGGUGUGUGGGACAGACCCUGCGUUCCCCUCUCCCUUCUGCCGACGCAGCAGCUGCAGGUGAGGUCCUGUGCAUGAUCCCGGGGAAUGGGGCCGGCGAUGUGGCUGCUGCUGCUGGCACUGCUGGCGGCCCAGCACACGCGGCAGCCCCCGGUUACCCCCAGUGCUGCCAGACACGGGGGCAGUGGGGACGGGGGAUGAGCUUGGCCACCCACCCGCCCCCCAGUGACCCCCCGGAUCAGCCCACGGUUGGGGACGCAGGGGGGACCACCGUGACAACAGCUUGCCCCAGGAGUGCUGGACGGCUUGGUGGACUUCUUCAAGGAGUACCUGCUGCUGGUGGUGGUGGUGGGCUCGCUUGUCCUUCUGCUCCUCUUUUCAUCUGCCGCCGCCAUCAUUGUGCGCCAGAAGCACAAGGCCUCCGCCUACUACCCCUCGUCCUUCCCCAAGCAGAAGUACGUGGAUGAGCGGGACAAGGUGGGGGGGCCCCGGGCCUUCAGCGAGGUGCCCGACAAGGCCCCCGAGCCGGGCGCGGAGGAGCCGCUGGACGGCAGCCGGCAGCUCCAGGCGGACAUCCUGGCAGCGGCCCAGAGCCUCAAAUCCCCCCCCAGGGCACCGCUGGCCAACGGGGCCCAGGCUGAGCAGAAUCCCACCGGGGAAGAGGAGAAGGAAGAAGAGGAAGGAAGCAAGAAGUUGGCGGAUGACCAACCUGCUAAGCCCUCUCCCCAAAAUCCAGGUGUGGAGGAAGUGGCGGGAGCGACGGGAGCAGGGGGCAAGGAGACCCCUGACGUGCCCCAGGAUGGCUCCUCAGCCCCCUCUGGAGUCUGAGGCAGGGACACGGUCCCAGGUGAGCCCGAGGAGCCGCCAGAUUGGGACGCAUGAUGGACAUGGAUCAACGCUCCGUAUGUACGUGGUGGCUCAAGGAAGCCCCGAUGAAGACCCUGCUCCCUCACCCUCCCCAGCCCCUUGAGCCCCCUACCCUUGUGCCAACGGGACACUGCAGUAAAUCCACGGGGUUUUUUGGUAGCCACUGGUUUCCCCCAGGGCUGGAAUGCCAGCAGCCCCUGCUCCUGCUGCCCAAGGGGCUUUUCCCACCCCAGCUCCGGCUCUGCCCUCCCUGUGCCAACAGCUUCCUCCCAAACGUUAUUUUACUGAUCAGUCUCCUGAGCUGGACACCUGGCUGGGAGCUGUGUCCCUUCAGGAAGAGGGACAGGACCAGGGCCAAGGUCUGUAGCUGUCCCCUCCCUGGGCAGCGGGGCAGGGACUCCCUGUGACCAUGGGCAUCAUGGGCGGCUUUGCCCAUGGCUGUGGCACUGAGGCCACAUGGACAGGCUGCCCUUGGCCACCCGAGGGGAGGAGGGAUGAGGAUUUAGGGACAAGGACCCAUCCUUUCAUAUUUUCACCCCAAAGCAUGUCCCAGAGCCCAGCUGGACUUUUGCCUCAUUUCCUUAACCCGUCUGGCUAGAAAUAAACAUUUCUUC